UCAUUUAGUAUUAUAACGCUGUCGCCAAGUGUGUCGGCAGAAAAGAACAUGUCCAGCUGUAAUAAGAAGAAAUCGAAAUUUCCCGUGGCCAAAGAUGUCGUCCUCUUACAUCAACUCGAUCGUGGAAUAUUCACGCCGAGUAUUUCGCCGUUCCCCUUGAAAUUGGAAACUUACAUGCGCAUGGCCGGCAUAUCUUACGAGAACGAUUUCAAAAAUCCAAUAGGACCUAAAGGUAAAACCCCUUGGAUGACUUUCAACGGCAAGGACUAUUGCGAUUCUCAACUGUGUCUGGAAAUGUUGGCUUCCAAGUUCCACAAAGAUUUCAGUUCGCAUUUGACGGCUGAGGAACGAGCCAUCGCCCGGUCGUUUCAAAUCAUGACGGAAGAACAUCUUUACUGGGUCCUAGUACUCUGGCGAUGGGUUUACACCAAAGGGAAAACCUUGUUGGACAUUCAGAUCAAUUUUCCGACGGGAUGGCGUUUGGUGAUGCCGCUGGCAGUUAGGAGAAUCAAGGCCCAAGCGUCCGCCCAAGGAAUGGGCCGUCACAAUAAGGACGACGUCAUCGAAAUGGGCCGGAAAGAUUUGCGUGCCAUUUCCGAUUAUCUCGGGACGAAACCUUAUUUCACGGGGGACAAACCCACCGAAAUGGAUUGCGCCAUGUUCGGCUGUUUGGCCCAAUUAGUGUGGAGCAUGCAGGGAUCACCUUACGAGGAACAAAUGAAAGGAGAAUUCGCCAAUUUAAAAGAAUUUUGCGAACGAAUGAAAGAAAAAUUCUGGCCCGACUGGGACCAAUGUCUCUCACCUCCCAGACUGAACGUUUCGUGAACACUCUCGUAAAAAUAAACUCGCUCUAUUUU